CUCCGACUUCAGCUACAGGAACAAGCUGUUGAAUUGCACGACGCCGAACUAGAGAAAAAUCGCUUAGCAAAAGAGCGUAUGGAAGUGGCGCGAACAAUAACCACUUUGGAAGCAGAUCUCAAGAGAGUUCGCAGAGACGCAGAGAAUAUCCGAAAGGAUGUGGCCCUGCUUAAAAAUGAACGGGCUGGGCUGUUGGCGAAGACUCAUGAGGACAAGCUCACCAUUGAGAGGGCACAAGCUCACGUUCGGCAGAUGCACAGUCAACUUGUUGAAAUGCAGCGGAAGGUCCGGGAAGUCGAGGAAAGCCGAACUGCUUCAGCACUCGACUCUGAGGCAUUGGAGAAGUUGAAGCUUGUGCACAAUAAAGAGUGCAAAGGGUUGAUGCUCCAAAUUCGAUACCUGAAGGCAAGAUGCACACGAGAACAUGCAUUUAGGUUGGAUCUUGGAUAUCAGAAAGUGUACCUCUUGAAGGUUCUUGAGGCUCACAACGUAGGUGAAAGGAGUAUCCUUGCAUCGAUAGCACGUCUCGGCUUCCCUCCUCCGAAAAGGACGAAUAAAUCCCUUCGAACCAUUGUUAUGGCUGUGAUUUUCGUGCAUAGAACGAAAACCGCACGGGAAGCUUGGCUGCUCAAUGUCGCUUCCAAGCAAGCAGUCCAAGGGGCGCUGGAAGAAGUCAGAAAACGGAGAGCGACCCAAAAAUCUUGAGAACCUUGGCAGUAUUUAUCAUAUCAAUGAUUUCGUCGCAUUCCUCACAUGUGGAUUGUAAUUAAUUUAUUUGUAUUAGUACAUGUAGUACGUCUGCUUUUGUAGUACAAUUUUAUGGUUUU